AACCGCCACUCAUGUCCUAUGUUACCCUCCACUCCUCCGCCCAGUUGAACUCCGUCCUGCUCCACCAUCUCCGCCACCGCCGGCUGACCAAUGCCGUCGAAGCAUUCCGCAGCAACUCUCACCUAACAGACACCACCUCGUGGAACCUCAUGCUCUCCGGUUACGCCACACACGGUCGCCCCCAAUGCGCCCACAAGAUGUUCGACGAAAUGCCACGCCGAGACAUUGUCUCGUGGAACACCAUUCUUUCCGCCUUCAGGCGCACCGGGCGUCCAUUGCUGGCCUUCCAGCAUUUCCUACGGAUGCAACGUGCCGGUGUUAGUCCGAAUGGGGCAACGCUGGCGACCAUGGUUGCGGCCAUUCCAUCCAGCAACCUCAUUCCCCAGCUCCAUUCGAUGGCUAUUCGCGCUGGCCUCACCCCUCUCAAUUCCAUUCUCGGGACUGCACUAGUUGGUGGCUAUGCGAGUCUGGAGGACCCAGUUUCCAUGCGUCGAGCAUUCGGAGACAUUCCGGUCAAGAAUUCAGUGUCGUGGACUUCGCUGAUCUCAGGAUACAUGGAGCUUGGAAUGCUCGAGGAUGCAGAGCACGUGUUCGAGACAAUGCCAGUGAAAAGUGUUGUCGCUUGGACUACCAUGAUCAAUGGUUGCAUCGACAAUGGCAAGCUGAACGAGGCGCGAAGAUACUUCGAUCGGAUGCCGCAGAGGAAUGUCAUCACGUGGACAUCAAUGAUCAAAGGAUACCAGAGAAACGAGCAGCAUGCAGAAGCUCUAAAUCUGUUCAUCCGGAUGCGUAGGCUUUCCGAUGUCUUCCCAAACCAAUUCACAUACUCCACGGUGCUCGCUGCCUGCGCCAUUGGAGGCUUCCUCCAUUUCGGGCAAUCAAUCCAUGGGCAAAUCUCGAGAUCUUUAUCACAGUGGGACGUCGUCUUGUCUACCUCCCUGGUCGAGAUGUAUGGCAAGUGCGGCGAUGUGAGCUAUGCGGCUCGAUCCUUUGACUCGUGCGAAACCCGAAAUGUGGCUUCAUGGAACUCCAUAAUUGGAUGCUACGCCAAGAAUGGCCUAUCUACGAGAGCAUUGGAAGAGUUCCAAAAGAUGAUCGAGGAAGGAAUUCGACCUGAUCCCAUCACCUUUGUCUGCGUGCUAACGGCUUGCGUGCACGGUGGACUAGUAGAUGAAGGUGUGCAUUACUUCGAUUCUAUGGAGAGGAAAUUUUGCAUCGAGCCACGGUUGGAGCAUUAUGGAUGCAUGGUGGACUUGCUUGGGCGUUCAGGGAACAUUGAGCAAGCAGAGAACCUGAUCAAGAGAAUGCCUUUCGAAGCCGAUAUCGCGGUGUGGGGAGCAUUUCUCACUGCGUGUGGCUUGCAUUCCAAUUUGGAGCAUGGGCUAUCUGCAGUGAAGGCAAUGCAAAGAUUGCAGAAGGACCAUCCAAUCAUCUACUCAAUGAUGCUAAAGGUUUACGGAGAAAGAGGCUUAUGGACUAGUUUCGAUGAGCUGAAGGGGAAGAUGCAGUGCAAGAGAUCGAGGAAGCAAAGGGCUUUGAGUUGGAUCGAGUCUGCUUCCACACAAUUGCAGCAUGCACAGAAAGCAUGAUUCAUAGUGAGAGUUGGACCCCUUCUCA